GGUGUGUUGUGGACUCGUGGUGCUGGCUGUCGCUGUAGAGGCGGCCGAGAACGGGCGGUGGGGAGCGGGCGGAGCUGGGCCUGCCGCUAUCUGGCCGGCGCCACAGUCGGCGCGGGCCGCGCCCGCCGCCGUCCACUGCCCUCAGCCUUUGCUGAGGCCGAGGGAGACGUCGGGGCCUGCACCUGGAGGGAGCCUGCCGCGCUGGCCCUAAGGAGGGGGCGUUGCCAUGGCGACAGCCUCUCCUGCAGCUGACGGGGGGCGGGGGCGGCCUUGGGAAGGAGGACUGGUCUCCUGGCCCCCUGCCCCUCCUCUUACGCUCCCCUGGACUUGGAUGGGCCCGAGUUGGGGGCAACACCCUGGGCAUUGGGGCCUGCCAGCUCUCCCAGAACCUUCAGCAUCCCCAGCCACCAGUCUUGGCAUCUUCGAAGUAAGGAGAGUUUUAGAUGCUUCUGGAUGUUCAAUGCUAGCACCUUUGCAGACUGGAGCAGCUCGAUUUUCUUCGUAUUUGCUUUCAAGAGCAAGGAAGGUGCUGGGCUCCCACUUAUUUUCUCCCUGUGGUGUUCCGGAGUUCUGCUCCAUAUCCACCAGGAAGCUGGCGGCCCACGGCUUUGGCGCAUCCAUGGCAGCAAUGGUGUCGUUCCCUCCCCAGAGGUAUCACUACUUUUUAGUGCUGGAUUUUGAGGCUACGUGCGACAAGCCACAGAUUCAUCCUCAGGAAAUCAUUGAGUUCCCUAUCCUGAAGCUAAAUGGCCGGACCAUGGAGAUUGAGUCUACCUUUCACAUGUACGUCCAGCCUGUAGUCCAUCCACAGCUUACCCCCUUCUGUACAGAGCUCACCGGGAUUAUUCAAGCCAUGGUGGAUGGUCAGCCAAGCCUGCAGCAAGUGCUGGAGAGGGUCGAUGAGUGGAUGGCGAAGGAAGGCCUUUUAGAUCCAAACGUCAAGUCAAUUUUUGUCACCUGUGGAGACUGGGACUUAAAAGUCAUGCUCCCAGGUCAGUGCCAGUACUUGGGCUUGCCAGUGGCGGAUUACUUCAAGCAAUGGAUUAAUCUGAAGAAGGUGAGUUCCCUGUCCAUGAAGAUUCAAUCCAGAUCUUGCUUUGUGGAAAAGCUCAGUAGUCAGUCUUUUGCCUUGAGGCUCAUUGGCACUUGAGUGUUCAGUCUUCUUGGCUGAAGCUGAGCCCAGGUGUGUUUCCUUCCCAACAGGUCUGCAGGCCAGAGAGACUGGGUCUGGUUCCUCUGUGUGCACCUGUGGCUGAACCAGGUCUGGGAACAGUGUGCUUGUGAGUGAUUUCUGGCUCACCGUUGAGAACCAGCUCCACCAAGUCCUUGCACACAGAGCUAGGCUUGCACUCCUGGAGGACAGCAUGCCAGCUGUCAGAGCGCAUCUGAGGCUGCUUGCUGGCCUUAGCAAAUGCAAUGUGAAGGCCCGGCCAGGCGAGGCAGGCGCUGACCAUGAACAAUUCUUCUGUGAAGUUCACUAGACUUUUUGGUGUGUGGAUGGCUCCCUGCCUCUAGGUUCCCUAGCAGAAAGACAGGAAAACAGCCAACCCAUGUGAUGACAUUGCCACUCAGGCCACCUUGAUGCUGCUGGGCCUUAAGAAUAGGGCUGCAAGCCAGCUGUCGUGAAUCUGUUUAGUUGGUUCUCCCACACCACUGAGCUUUAAAAAGGAGAGAAAGAGUGCAAGGGGGAACUGAGGACUUUUUUCCAGUUGGAUUUGUGAUGUCCUCCGUGAAGUAAACCGAGCAGGUCUGGGAAGAAAAGGGAUCUUGAGUCCUUUUUUUCUGCCCUCCAGCCACUUGAUAUUCCAGGUGUGUUUAAGGGUCCAGGUAGAGAGAUCACAACUCUUAAGUUUUAGCUCAGGCCCUGCCAGCAACUAGUUAAGACUAGGAGACUUCUGAGGUCCUGGGAGUUCAGGGGCAUAGUAUUAUUUCAGACCUUUGUGCUGUGUGACUUUAUGUCAGCUG